AUGCGUAUUGCCAACUUCGUCGCCUCCUUCUCCUCGGUUGCAUUGGCCUCAGCUCUGGUUCUGCCUGUUCUUUCGACCCCCCUGGACUCUACAGCAACCACAUCUAUGCCAGUGGUACCAGUAUCGAUCACGUCUAUCCCGGUGGACUCUAUAUCGACGGCGUCUGUGCCAGUGGUCUCUGUACCGAUCACAUCGAUCACGGUGGUCUCUACGACAAAUGUGGCAAACUCCCCGGAAAUUACGAAACUUCUCUUAGGCUUGGACGCUAUUGACAAAUCUAUCACAACCGUAAAAAGUAGCAUCGACAAAAGCGAUAACAACCUGGAUGUGGUCGAAAUUUGCAAGAACUUUAGCAGCAAUGGCAUUAUUAACCUUGCGAUUAACGACGUCCUGCUCCAGACUCAGUCUUUGAAUGUCACAGUCACUUCAGACGCGUCGGAAAGCAUUGCUGAUGCCUUCAAAACGGAGAUCGCCCCGCAUUACCAGGAGCUCCUGCAGCUGCUCGAGGGUAAAAUGGGUGACCUGAAGAGCACUUCACUACACAAUAGCGACCUGUUGAACACACUCCUUGAAGGCGACAAUUGGCUUGAUGUGAUCUCUAGUGGAUUGCAAUUGGGACUUGCCAACCAGCUCAUCAUCGCUCUCAUCAAAGUCCUUGAUCCGGCCUACCGCAAUGUAGCCUACGACGCAGGCGGCGUCAUUCAAAAGGCGUUAGAUAGUUGUGUCCAGGCGACUACGUUGCAAUAA